AUCAGCAAUGCUACCGAAAAAGAUACAAAAAUGAACAGCCUGCUCUACCUUAUUGUUUUGGGAAUGAUUUGCAUUAAAAUAGCUGAUGUCGAAUGCUUCUCCGAGCCGGUGUGUGGAAACUGCAACCCAGCGCAGUGCCCACAGACACCAAACUGCAGGUGCGGACAGCACUUGGACUAUUGUGGAUGCUGUGCGUUUUGCAGCAGAUGUCCUGGAGAGACUUGCAACUUGGUAGCAAUGGAAAGAUGUGCUUAUGGUAGAACUUGCACACCUCCUCCAGGAGCGAAUCCCAUGACCAUAUAUGGAACUUGUCAAUAAAUAUUUAAUGACUUUUAUUCUAAGUUGCAGAACAAGCAACGAAAACAAACGACAAACUAAUAAAAAUUGAUAUAUCUUACGCAAUUUUGUAUAGAUGAUAAAAUCAAUAAAAUAUUUAAGUUUUAAAUUAUA